GGGAUUACACCCCUCUUUCAGAAUGUAUGGUUGCUCCCCAAAGAAUGACACAAGCAUAGCCAAAUUUGAGAUGUUUUAGCCUCCACUUUUGAGUUUUCAUCAUCUAUCUUGGGUAGAUUUUGCUACCAAGAUGCACGACGCUUACGAAGCUGCACCCAUUCUCGAGAAGCUGCCCCUACAGAUCGAAUCUAUCGCCUGUUGGGCCGAUAAAUUACUGGUUGGCACCAAGCAGGGGCAUCUGCUACUUUACAGUAUCAAGACAGAGUCAGGUUCAACGAGACAUGAAGUCAGCUUGGAAAGGUCCAACAAGUCUUUUUCCAAGAAACCAAUAGUUCAGCUGCGUGUGGUUUCUGAGCUGAAGAUAUUGAUAAGUUUGUCAGACAAUGUAGUGAGUGUACACGAUAUCACCACCUUCCAAUGUAUCACCACCAUCCAGAAGACAAGGGGAGCCACUCUGUUCUCCACAGAUCUACAGCAACACAAGUCCUUAAGCGGAGACUUGUCGCAUACAUUGAGGAUGGCGGUCGCUGUGAAGAGGAAGAUACAGAACUACUACUGGAAGAACAGGGAUUUUCACGAACUCACACCUGACAUGGCAGUACCUGAUGUUGCCAAGUCCAUGGCUUGGUGUAAGGACUCGGUCUGUGUGGGCUUCAAAAGGGACUACUUCCUCAUCAAGGUGGAUGGUAGUGGGACACUGAAGGAACUGUUCCCCACGGGAAAACAGUUGGAACCACUGGUGACUAGGCUGUCGGAGGACCGGCUGGCGCUAGGUCGGGACGACAUGACCAUCUUCAUUGACUCUGAGGGCCAGCCAACGCAGAAGUACGCCCUGACGUGGUCGGACAUCCCAGUUGUUUUAGAUCAUGAGCCACCCUACAUCAUUGCAGUACUACCCAGGCACAUCGAAGUGCGAACUGUGGAGCCCAGACUUCUGGUCCAGACUAUGGAGUUACCCAGCAGACCAAGGUUCAUCUGCAGUGGAAGCAGUCAUGUUUAUGUAGCCUCUCAGAACUAUGUCUGGAAGAUGGUACCUGUUCCCAUCACAGCGCAGAUCAAACAGCUCUUACAAGACAAGCAGUUCGAACUGGCUCUGCAUCUUGCUAACAUGACAGACGAAGUGGAGGCAGACAAACAACAGAACAUCCACCACAUUCAGAACCUGUACGCCUUCGACCUCUUCUCACAGAGGAGGUUUGACGAGUCCCUCAAGAUCUUCUCCAAGCUGGAUACAGACCCAGCCCAAGUGAUCGGCCUGUACCCUGACCUCCUGCCCCAUGAUUUCCGUGCACAGCUGGCCUACCCCUCCAGCCCUCCGGAUCUGUCCGGUUCUGAACUGGAGAAGGGACUCCUCGCACUCAUCGACUACCUUACACAGGAAGUUCAACAAUUCGUUCCAAGAAGCAACUAAGUCAAAUUAUUGAUACCACACUGAUGAAAUGUUACCUUCAGACCAACGAUGCUCUGGUAGCCCCCUUACUCAGACUGAAAGACAACAACUGCCAUGUAGAAGAAAGUGAGAGAGUGCUCAAGAAACAUCAGAAGUACAGUGAACUCAUUAUCCUGUAUGAGAAGAAGGGACUCCACAGAAAAGCCUUGGACUUGUUACUGAGACAGUCUGGCAAGCCCAAUUCCCCCCUGAAGGGACAUGACAGAACAGUGCAAUAUCUACAGAGACUAGGUCCCAACCACUUGGAAUUGAUAUUUGAUUUUGCCCUGUGGGUUUUGAAGGCACAUCCUGAAGAUGGAUUAAAGAUUUUCACAGAAGACAUGCCAGAAGUGGAGGCACUUCCCAGAGACAAGAUACUGAAGUAUCUUGAAGAAAAUGUCAAGGAUCUUGCUAUCCCAUACCUGGAACACAUUAUCUUAAACUGUGAGGAUGGGACACCAGAGUUCCACAACAAGCUGGUGAACCUGUACAGAGAAAAGGUGCAGGACCAGCUGAAAGAAUACAUCAAUUCACUACCAGAAGGCCAGCUACCGUCCCCUGCUGGUAGGGAACCUGGCGAGCUUGGUGAAAUCCGAUCCAAGCUCCUCUACUUUUUGGAAACAUCUCUGGACUACGUUCCCGAGAAACUUCUCACCUAUUUCCCAUUUGAUGGGUUUUUUGAAGAGCGAGCUCUUCUAUUGGGUAGACUGGGUCGUCAUGAACAAGCCAUUGCCAUCUACACACAUGUACUGACUGACAACUGGAUGGCUCUGGAGUACUGUGCAAGGAAUUAUGACAGACACAAAGAGGGCAAUAAGGAUGUUUAUGUGUAUCUACUGCGCAUGUACCUGAGUCCCCCUGACCCACACAACCUGGGGGUCAUGUCUGGAGCGGUCAACCCCCAGCCGAACGUCCAGGCUGCACUGGACAUUCUGAUGGAGCAUUCCAGCAAGAUAGACACUGCUAAGGCGUUGGCCAUGCUGCCCUCGGGUACUCAGAUUAAAGACAUCUGCAGUUUUCUUGAGAACGUUCUUGAGGAGAAGGCCAUGCAGAAGAGGAACAUGCAGGUGUUGAAGAGUCUACUGUAUGCCGAACACUUACAGGUUCAGGAACAGCGGAUGUUCUACCAGAGCAGCAAGUGCAUCAUCACAGAGGAGAAGAUGUGCAGAGUCUGCAAGAAGAAAAUUGGAAACAGUGCUUUUGCCAGGUACCCCAAUGGGGUGAUUGUGCACUACUUCUGCUGUAAAGAUAGAAACGUCUGCCCUGUGGACAGCUAGCCUGGCCGGAGGCUCCGAGGACCAUACAACUGGAGGGGUUCAGUUACACUCAAUCAUUUGUGAACUUUGUACAAAGUAUGCUUAGAGUUCAUCCCACUGCAACUUUAGACUUGAUUGUGCACAAUGUAUAUAAAUUUAAAAUUGCCCAAUAACUAUAUAUUGUUGAACCUUUACAUGUACAUGCAUUUUUGAGGAUCACUGUAUUUCAGAGAUAACCGCAGACGUACCAACCAACACUGCAAUUAACUUGUCUGCAAUAUGUUUUAUUGUUUCUUUGUGGUAGGUAUACAUGAAUGUGUAUGGACAUUUCUUUAAGGUUCAUACUAUGUAUUCCAGGGUAGAGAUUGCAGUAUGGCAGAAUGGGUGAUUCUGUCAGUAGGGAUCAGUCUCAACAGAUCUGAAUUUCAGCAAAGAUUGUGGUCAUAACCCAUGCCUGUACAAAGUUGCGCUUGUUGUUAUACAAUUGGCAAUUCUGAAUGCUAUUGGUAAUUCUACCAGUACAAUUGGUGGUUCUCCUAGCAGAUGUUUUGUGGGCUAGUUGUGGCUGUGAUUUUUAUGUCUGUCUCCCAGAAAGGAAGAGAGGCACUGAUGUAGAAAUUGCAACUACUAGCCUCGUGAACGAAACAUUUCCUUGCAGACUAGAUUCUGCUGUUAGAGACCCUGAUCAUGAUUCUACCAGUGAAAUCGCCAAUUCUUCCAGACACAAUCUCUACAGAAACAUGUGCAUCUACCACUGUUGCACGAUUCUCAGCAUUGUUUUCUGCAGCUGUAAUGUUAAUUGUUACAGUAGUUACCCGCUUUACCAGUAGAAGUAGAUGUGUAGAGUUAAGGAUAGCACCAGAUAUUGUUAAACUUUAUAAAUGAUGAAUGUUAUGUCCUGCUUUAUUAAACUAGCAAAUACAUUUCUUUACACCUUAUUGGUUGCAGACAAUCACGUAAUUUACAAUCUGAAAGGAAACUGUAAAGCUAGCAAAUGGAUAACUACGCAUAUGAAUAUGGUUCAGUUAGCAAAUUACUAUCUGUUUACAGGCAUAUUUCUAUUCUAAUUGUAUUGUAUAAAAUGCAGAAUGCUUUGAAAUGUCCUUUUUGUGUUGCAUAUUGAUGAUAAUGUGUUGAUAGAGACUAUGAAGAGUAUCAUGAAUUUACAAUAAACCUACACUACUUGUAGUGCAUUCAUGGACCUUG